AUGAAAAUAGGUGAAAAACCACAGGGCACUAGAGCUGAGUUGAAAGAGAAACUGGAGAUUAAUUUGCCUAUUGAGACACUCCCCGAUUUUCUUAAAUUCGAGGAAGAAUUGAGAACAAACGAGGACAAAAAAAAGGCUUUGAUGGAUCUUCUGUUAUUGAUGUGUUUAGAUUUUUCUAAUAUCAAAGAUUGCAUACAUAAGAUUCUUCCACAAAUUAUUAAGAAAGAAAUUCAAGGACAGUAUUCUGGCCAAGGUCGAAAGAAAAAAGGAGUGGAAAAACUUGAUUUCAGUGCCACUGUGUUAUUUGAAUGUUUCGAAGCUGCAAUAAUGAAACACUGUCCUGCAGAUGUAAAAUUAUUGAAAUCAAAGAUUG